AUGGAAGCUGAAUUCGAUAACUUAGAUUUAAAUGAAAGUGAAGCUAAAGUUACGGAUGCUACACUAAACGAUGACAUUAACAUUGAAGAGACAAAAAGUGCCAUGAAAAGGCUGAAAUCAGGGAAAUCAGUCGGAGUGGAUAAUCUACCAAAUGAAAUUCUAAGAAACGAAACCUUAGUACGUAUCUUAGCAAAAUUGUUCAAUCUGUGUUUCACUAGUGGAAUAGUGCCAAAACCAGCAGCUGCUCCAAGCAAUAUCCAUGCAUCAUCACAAGCAACUACAACAACUACUACUACUACACCAAUACCCACAACAACUACAGUCACCACCACAACAACCACGACACAGCCAACAACUACAACAACCAUCCCAACAACUACAACAACCAUCCCAACAACUACAACAACCACCCCAAUAACUACCACAACCAUUCCAACAACUACAACAACCAUACCAACAACUACAACAACACAAACAACAACCAAGCCAACUACUCCAACAACAACCGCGCAGACUACAACUAUAACAACCACUAAAGUUACCACACCUACGACACGACAAUCAAAGUUAUCUACAACAACAGACGUCACGUCAUUUGGAGGUAUUUUAGAUAUUAUAUUUGACUUCUUUUUAGAGCUGUUUUUCUGUUAA